CUGCGCCUCAGCUGGCUCCCUUUCCACCCGCCGGGAGGAUUCGUUGUUAUUUAUUUCAAACCAAGUCCUCAUCCCUGCUUCAGAAGCAGAUCUGGCUCCUUCCAAUCACAAUGAACAUUGUCCUGUCCAGAGACAGCCAAGUCCGGGUGAUGGAGAACGCCGUGAGCAACGCUGAGAAAUACUUCGGCCAAUUCUGUGUGCUGUUGGCUGCCUACACCCGGAAGACUGCCAGACUGCGAGAUAAGUCAGACUUGCUCGUCAAGCAGCUCUUGGAUUUCGCCAAUACCGAGAAUCCUGAAAUGCGCACGACCCUGAAGAACUUUGCGGAGGAGUUGGCCAAGGUGCAGGAUUACCGGCAGGCGGAGGUGGAAAGACUUGAAAUAAAGGUCAUCAGUCCGCUGAGACUCUAUGGGACUCAGAUAAAGCAAACCCGUGCCGAGAUCAAGAAAUUCAACAAGGUCCGGAAUAACGAAAUCAAACAAUUAGAGAAAUUAGAAAGACUGAGGCAGAAAUCACCUUCUGAUCGACAUACCAUUUCCCAGGCUGAGACAAGUGUGCAGAAAGCUUCCGUGGAUGCAAGCCGUACCACCCACCAACUUGAAGAGACCAUUGACACUUUUCAGAAGCAGAAGCUGAAAGACAUCCAGAAAAUUUUCUCUGACUUUGUGACCAUUGAGAUGGUUUUUCAUGCCAAGGCUGUGGAGGUAUAUUCCAAGGCCUUCCAGAUACUGGAAAACUAUGACUUGGAAAGAGAUAUAGAGGAUUUUAGAGCAAAGAUACAUGGCAUUGGUGGGAAUUUUGACGCAAGGCCUAUCAGUGCCACCAACCCCUCCUCAUCUGUACCAUGGUCCUUUGCCAGUCCGAGUGCACAGAGCACCCUUCAGAACCGGAGGCAAGAGGAAGAGACAAGAAGUGGUGAGGCCUCUGGGGAAGAGGACCAAAUUGAAGACCUCAGGGAAACAAAGUCUUCUCGGAUCAGAAGAUAAACAUCCCAAGACAGUCACCCAAAACGGAAUUUGAAAAAGCAU